AAAUAUGUGUAUCCGAUGUCUGAAACUGUCACGACUGCAGAUGACGGUUUUGACGUGGGGAAUCUGACUCGGCGAAGGAAAAAGAAGACUGAUGAACUUGGAUGUUGAGAGACUACCUAGGCCCUGUUCCUGCGUCCGAUCAGCGUCGUCUUGCAUCUUAUAGCUCCUCUCCCGACUCUCGUCGUCUUCUUGGUCCUCUCACGACAAGCCAUUCAUCCACGCGGGCCAGAGAAAGGGUGUCAGCAAGGGGCCACAGCAACCAGGGCGACACGAACCAAUAUCCCACAAAGCUCAUCAUCUCCGAGGCUACGGUGGCCCCCUCUGGAUGCUAGAUGGUAAUCAUUCGAGCAUCUGAACUUGUCUACGACCUCUUGACCCCGCCCGUGGCAUGGCAUUACGACGCAAUUGGGCC